GAACAAGUUCACGUCGUGCAAUUCGCUCGUUUGUGUUCCAUUUUGCAAGCGGCCCAUAACGACCGGCUUAUUGUUUGGCGCCCGAAAACAAUAUUAAACCUCCACAUGCUUCAUUAAUAUACGAAAAACACAAUCAUGGCUGAUAUAAAGUCGAUGUUUGCGAGAAUGUCCAAUGGCGGGGAGUCUUCAUCAAGUUCUGCGGCCCCCCAACAGCCACAGGCAGCCUCUAGGAAAUCCACAGGAAAAAUGACUAUUGAAAAGACGUAUCAGAAAAAGUCGCAGCUGGAGCACAUCUUGCUUCGGCCAGAUACUUAUAUAGGCUCCGUUGAGAAAACGACUGAAAUUAUGUGGGUUUAUGACAAAUCUAAAGAAAUGAUGGUACAAAAGGAAAUCACAUAUGUGCCAGGCCUAUAUAAGAUUUUCGACGAAAUCUUAGUGAACGCUGCUGAUAAUAAACAACGUGAUGCCAAAAUGGAUUGCAUAAAAAUCGAAAUCGAUCAAGAAACCAAUACGAUAUCAGUCUGGAAUAAUGGAGGCGGUAUUCCAGUAGUUAUGCAUAAAGAUGAACAAAUGUACGUCCCUACUAUGAUUUUUGGACAUUUACUAACAUCUUCCAACUACAAUGAUGAAGAGGAAAAAGUCACCGGCGGUCGUAACGGUUACGGUGCCAAGCUCUGUAAUAUUUUCAGUACAAAAUUCGUUGUUGAAACCGGUUCAAAACAAUACAAAAAACAUUUCAAACAAGUCUGGGGCUCCAACAUGAGCAAAGCGUCCGAACCAAAAAUCAAAGACUCGGAUUCUGAUUUCACAAAAGUUACAUUCACACCGGACUUGAACAAAUUCAAAAUGGAUAAGCUAGAUGAUGACAUUGUCUCGUUAAUGUCUCGAAGAGCUUUCGAUGUUGCUGCUUCCACAAGAGGUGUUAAAGUUUUCCUUAAUGGUACAAAAGUACCUAUAAAAGAUUUCAAAGAUUAUAUAGACUUCUAUAUAAGAGGCAAAGAGGAUGAAAUGGGAAAUCCUUUAAAAGUAGUUUAUGAAAAUGUAAAUCCUCGUUGGGAAGUGGCAAUGACUCUGUCGGAUAAAGGCUUUCAGCAGGUUUCUUUUGUGAAUUCAAUCGCUACGACCAAAGGCGGCAGGCAUGUGGAUCAUGUCACAGAUAGUAUUGUAAAGCAGUUACUGGAAACUUUAAAAAAGAGGAACAAAGGCGGUGUACAAAUCAAACCGUUCCAAGUUAAGAAUCAUAUGUGGGUAUUUGUCAACUGCCUUAUUGUUAACCCAACCUUCGAUUCCCAAACCAAGGAGAAUAUGACACUACAAGCCAAGAGUUUCGGUUCUAAAUGUACUUUAAAUGAUAAGUUUAUUAAUCAAGUGUCCAAAUGUGGUAUUAUAGAAUCCGUUUUAAGUUGGGCAAAGUUCAAAGCCCAAACCGAAUUGGCCAAGACCAGUGGUAAAAAACAAAUGAAAUUAAGAGGUAUUCCUAAAUUAGAAGAUGCCAACAACGCAGGCACCAAAAAUUCCUUGAAUUGUACCUUAAUUAUCACUGAGGGAGACUCAGCCAAAUCUUUGGCUGUGUCUGGCCUCGGUGUCGUCGGCAGGGAUAACUAUGGUGUGUUCCCGUUGAGAGGUAAAAUGCUUAACGUACGAGAAGCAACACACAAACAAAUUUUAGAAAAUGCAGAAAUCAAUGCAUUGAUCAAAAUUAUCGGUUUGCAAUACAAAAAGAAAUACACGACCACAGAGGACUUGAAAACUUUAAGAUACGGUAAACUGAUGAUCAUGACAGAUCAGGAUCAAGACGGUUCACAUAUCAAAGGUUUAGUUAUUAAUUUUAUACAUCACAAUUGGCCUGAGCUGUUGCAGUUGCCGUUUUUAGAAGAAUUCAUCACACCUAUUGUUAAAGUCACAAAGAAAGAUGAAGAAAUCUCGUUUUAUUCCCUGCCUGAGUUUGAAGAAUGGAAAAAUGAAACACCGAAUUAUCAAACAUAUAAUGUAAAGUACUACAAAGGUUUGGGUACUUCGACUUCGAAAGAAGCGAAGGAAUAUUUCUCAAACAUGGCCCGUCAUCGAAUUCUGUUCAAAUAUGAUGGGCCGUCCGAUGACCACAACAUCACAAUGGCUUUUGCCAAAAAGUGUGUCGAUCUGAGAAAGGAAUGGCUGACCAAUCACAUGGAUGAAUGUAAGAGGAGAAAACUCAUAGGUUUAGCUGAACGGUAUUUGUAUACGAAGGGAACUAAAGAAAUUUCGUAUUCUGACUUUGUAAAUUUGGAACUUGUUUUGUAUUCGAAUGCGGAUAAUGUGCGCUCCAUACCCUGUUCAAUGGACGGAAUGAAACCUGGUCAACGGAAAGUACUUUUUACGUGUCUCAAACGGAACGAUAAACGUGAGGUGAAGGUCGCACAAUUGGCCGGUUCCGUUGCUGAAAAGUCUGCCUACCAUCAUGGUGAAAUGUCCUUGCAGGGUACCAUUGUGAAUUUGGCGCAAAACUUUGUCGGCAGCAACAACAUAAAUCUGCUCAUGCCGAAUGGUCAGUUCGGCACGAGGUUGACUGGUGGAAAGGACGCGGCCAGCGCCCGUUACAUUUUCACAAUGCUGUCACCACUAACGAGAUUGAUUUUUCAUCCUGCCGAUGAUCCUCUGCUGUCCUACGAGUACGAUGACAAUUUGAGAAUUGAACCCACAUACUACGUGCCUAUUUUGCCUAUGGUUUUGGUUAACGGAGCCGAAGGUAUCGGCACCGGUUGGUCGACCAAGAUACCGAAUUACAAUCCUCGCCAAAUUGUGGCCAACUUGUUCAAGAUGCUCGACGGACAAGAACCGGAACCGAUGCAUCCCUGGUACAAAAAUUUCAGAGGUACCAUUUUGCCGGUUGAGAACCGGUACAUGGUCAGCGGUGAAAUAUCCGUCCUGGGAACGGAUACGAUCGAAAUAACAGAGUUACCAGUUGGCACCUGGACUCAAAAUUAUAAAGAGACCGUGUUGGAGCCUCUACUACACGGGACGGAUAAAGUCAAGCCGGUGAUAACCGACUACAAGGAGUAUAAUACGGACACGACUGUCAGAUUCCUGGUCACUCUCAUCAGCGGUCAGCUGGCCAAAUUGGAGCAAGACAACGAAUUACAUAAAGUGUUCAAGCUGAUCACAACUAUAAGCUUGGCCAACAUCAAUGCUUUCGAUGACAACGCCUGUUUGAGGAGAUACGAUAACGUCCUUGAUAUCAUGAAAGAAUUCUACGGUGUCCGUCUGCGAUUCUAUGCAAAGAGAAAAGAAUACCUGCAGGGUAAACUUGAGGCCGAGUGCAAAAAGCUAUCGAAUCAGGCCAGGUUCAUAGUUGAGAAAUGCGACAAAGGAUUGAUUAUUGAAAACAAAAAACGAAAGGCCAUGAUUGAAGAACUUAUUAAGCGCGAUUACGAACCUGAUCCUGUUAAGGCUUGGGAGAAGAGGAUCAAAAUUGAGGAGGAUCCUGAUCAGAAUGCCGGAGACGAUGAAGAGGAAGAGGUGGAAGAAGACGUUAAGCCAGGAACAUCAUCGAAAGGAGCUCCUGCAGAUCCAGAAAAAGCCUUCAGCAAACUUCUUGAUGUUAAAAACUUUGGAUAUCUCCUUGGCAUGUCCAUGUGGAUGUUGACUAAGGAAAAGAAGGAUGAAUUACUUAAACAGAGGGAUAUUAAGUUGGAAGAAUUAGAGAUCCUGAAGAACAAGACUCCCGAGAACCUGUGGCGCGAGGACCUCGACGCCUUCCUCAUUAAACUGGACGAGGUCGAAGAGAAGGAGCGCAACGAAGAGAUGGGCGUCACCAAGAAGCAGAUGAAGGCGAUGGCCGCGAACCAGAAGGCGGCGGCGACCGGCAAGAAGAAAAAGGAAAUAUUGCCGAGCGAGCAGGGCAGGAAGAUCGAGGCAAAGGUCACGGACGAGCUGAUAAGGAGGCUUAUAAACGCGGAUAAAAUUAAGGAGGCGAAUGCGGCCAGACCCAAGGCAGAAAGGGCCAAGAAGGAAGCGGCUGCAGCGAAGGAAGGGGAUGAAUUUGAUCAAAUGGUUGACGGUUCCAAGAAGCCACUGAAGCAACGAAUCAAAAAGGAAGAUAAAGAUAAAGACAAGGAUAAAAUGAAACAGACUAAAUUAGAUUUUAGUAAAAAGGGAAAGAAGAACAAAAAGAAAGGCGCCAGAAAGGAUUCUUUUGGCAGCGAAUCAUCGGAUGAAGAUGAUCCGGAUUCAGAUUUUGAAGCUCAUGCAUCUUCAGAAUCUCCUAAAAGACAAUUAGCAAGUCGGGGAACUAAAAAGCCGGUGAAAUACAGUCUGCGGAGUUCAGAUGAAGAAGAAGAGCUGUUUGACAAUAAACAAAUGGACAGUGAGCCCGUUGCUGCUGUAACCGUACUAUCAGAUUCUGAUUCCGAUGUGAAACCUCCAUCACCAGAGCCGAUGAAUGCUGAUGAUUUGUUCAAUUCUUUGGUCGAAGACAGGGAAGAGGAACCGAAGUCAACGGCGGCGGAUAAGAAACCUGCAGCGAAAAAGGGAAGAAAACCCAAAGCCGGUGGUGACGAUGAUGGAGAGGCAGCCCCGAAAAAG